AUGGCAUCCAUUUCUUUCCUUCUCGUUCUUUGGAUCUCCUUUCAAGAAUUUUUCAAAUGUGUAAAAUCCGAUUUACUGGUGCUUUUCAUUCAGGCGUUCGUACUUGUGAGAUCCAGUGCUACUGUGGAGUUCCAGUUCCUCAGAUGGAGUAACCCAGACCACUCGGAACUAGACGGGGGUUGUUGCGAUCCGGGAUGGAGCUGUGGAUCUUGUGAUAAUUACUUCAUCGUCUGUCUGGACGAUGACGUUCCUGGAUCCAACAAUUUCGACGAAUGCGGGAUUAGGUCAACGACAACCGAUGUUGUAUUCGUCGACAACGAUGAAUUUGACUUUCCAUCCCCGAUACCGAGCAACAUUCCGAAUCCACAGGCAACAAAUGUCGCGAGUUGGCAGGGGCAAAUGCGAGUCAAACUCAGAGUUAUGGAUUCCGAUGACAAUGAUGACGACACAAUCGAGGAGGCUUUCAAGAAUAUCGUCCUUAGCUCCUUCGCUUCCCAGUCGAGUGCUCAGUGGGUACAGUACACCAUGGGGACGCAUUCAGAUUUCACAUUUCAAGUGAGGGUGUACUGCAACGCAGACUCUUACACGUCAGACUGCAGCGUGUACUGCGUCCCUACGGAUAACCAGAAUGGACAUUACACAUGCAACCCGACCACAGGAGCUAAGAUGUGCUACGAUGGCUGGGAAGGUAUAUUAUAG